CAGUCUGUGGUCCGCAUCACAGGCGAUUCAAAUUCAAAACAAAUUAGGGUCUCCUUAAACCUUCUCUUUAUAAACCCCCAUCUCAAAUCGCCAAUAUCUCUCUCGCCUUGCUCUUUGCGAAUUGACGCUUAAACUCUCAAGUCUCUGCUUCAAAACUCAGCAGAAAUGGCUCUACCGAAUCAGCAGACUGUAGAUUAUCCAAGCUUCAAACUUGUUAUUGUCGGCGAUGGUGGUACAGGGAAAACUACAUUCGUGAAAAGGCAUCUUACAGGCGAGUUCGAGAAGAAAUAUGAGCCAACCAUUGGCGUGGAAGUUCAUCCCUUGGACUUCUUUACCAACUGUGGGAAAAUUAGAUUCUACUGUUGGGACACAGCUGGACAAGAGAAGUUUGGUGGCCUUAGGGAUGGAUACUAUAUUCAUGGCCAAUGUGCUAUUAUUAUGUUUGAUGUUACUGCUCGGUUGACUUACAAGAAUGUGCCCACAUGGCAUCGGGACCUUUGCCGGGUUUGUGAAAAUAUUCCUAUCGUCCUCUGUGGAAACAAGGUUGAUGUGAAAAAUAGGCAAGUGAAGGCAAAGCAGGUUACAUUUCACAGGAAAAAGAACCUGCAAUACUAUGAAAUUUCAGCAAAGAGCAAUUAUAAUUUCGAGAAGCCUUUUCUUUAUCUUGCUAGGAAACUUGCUGGGGAUCCUAACUUGCAUUUUGUCGAGUCUCCUGCCUUGGCACCUCCGGAAGUUCAAAUUGACCUUGCAGCUCAGCAACAACAUGAAUUUAUCAUUUUUUGUGACAGUAUUCAUGGCCAAUGUGCUAUUAUUAUGUUUGAUGUUACUGCUCGGUUGACUUACAAGAAUGUGCCCACAUGGCAUCGGGACCUUUGCCGGGUUUGUGAAAAUAUUCCUAUCGUCCUCUGUGGAAACAAGGUUGAUGUGAAAAAUAGGCAAGUGAAGGCAAAGCAGGUUACAUUUCACAGGAAAAAGAACCUGCAAUACUAUGAAAUUUCAGCAAAGAGCAAUUAUAAUUUCGAGAAGCCUUUUCUUUAUCUUGCUAGGAAACUUGCUGGGGAUCCUAACUUGCAUUUUGUCGAGUCUCCUGCCUUGGCACCUCCGGAAGUUCAAAUUGACCUUGCAGCUCAGCAACAGCAUGAGGCUGAGCUUGCUGCUGCUGCCAGUCAACCUCUUCCAGAUGACGAUGAUGACACAUUUGAGUAAACAAUAGAUGUUGGAUUGUAAUGGAAGGGGCUUUAUUUAUAUGGUUUUUGAGGAUGUGAUUUUAUGUCCAUGACUGUAUGAGUAUGAACUGAAUUAUUUCUGGGUUGUAUUGUUGCCCUUUGUCCUGAGUUUUCUAUUGAUCAUUUUGUGCGGGGGGUUUUGCUGUGUUUAUUCUUUCUUAUCGUUUCACAGUUAUCUGAGUUGCGGCUUGCACUCGUUUAGGAUUUUAGUGUUGCCCUGUAUCGACUCUUUUGGAAUUCAGUGCUGGAAAUUUAGUUAUCAGUCAACUGUGUAACGCAAAAGUUUUCAUUUUAAA